UUUUUGCUCAAGCUUAUGGUUGCUAUACACAUCAUAGGAGGGCAGCCGGCUCGUAGUCCGGAGAUCGGCUCGAUUAAGGUUAGGAAUAGCUUCACGUUGAGUCGGAAUAUCUUUGUGAUCAAUGGGCGAGUGGCUAUAGUAACUACAUAUAACAAGUCUCUUAAGCGCCGGGGAAAGAUUGAGUAUGUAUUUCGUUGCUUUUCGGACUAG